AUGCAGCCCGAAACCAUCUCCGCUCCAUCAAUAGAGGAAUCAUCUGUUGUGACCUCAUCUCCUGCAGCUCCUCUCUCUCCCCUGGCUGUCGGCCUAUCUAUCCCCUUAACUGAUCCUUCCAGUGGUGGUCUCAUUUGCCCGGUAGUCAGUGCAGUGACUAUCAUCACAAGGCCGGGAGAGAUUAUCCAUCCUCCUUCUUCCCCGGCAUUCCACUCACCAUCCACCUCUGCCCCUGGUAUUGCGCCCGUCAAGUUCACUGCAGCCGCUAGUGCGCCUCCUUCUCCCCUGGCUACCCCUCUGUCACUUCCCGUUGACCCUUCAUCUCCUCCCGCUGCUUCCACCUAUCUUCCGACAGUACCGCCACUCCCAUCGGCCAGCAUUGUUGUACCUCCUCCUUGUGCAGACCCAAUCUUCCCUGCGCCUGUUGCUGCUAUACUUGCCCCUGCUGCCUCUGCUGCUCCUUCUGCCCCUUCUGCCCCUCCUAGUCAAUGCUUCCCGCUUCCGCCGAUUCCUGUCGCCAUCUCUCACCCUACAAAGCCAGUGACUGUCACCACUCUCCCGGUAGCUGCCCUUGCUGCCACAACAAGUUAA